AAUUCAUUUCCUGCCUCUCAGCCUGAAAAGAUGCAAGAUCUCAAAUCGACUGUGGACCUAUUGACAAGCAUCACAUUUUUCCGAAUGAAGGUUCAAGAGCUGGCUAGCCCGCCACGAGCCAAUCAGGUUGUGCGUGAAUGCGCCCAAGCCUGUAUGCACACGACCUACCAAUUUCUGCGUGACAACUGCAAUGACGUUUACGCUCGGCAAUUUCAGGUGAACAGCCUCGUUCGAUGA